AUGUCGAACAGGCUGACCUUUGAUUUACAGGAGGUACCACCAAGAGAGGGACUUCUCAAGAGUCAAGACAAGCCUACCUCUCCCAUAACCACCGUGCUAGCACUCCAGUCGCCGGUCAACGUGAAUCCUCCCUUAAUUGCGGCAAGGACGAAACACUCUCGCAUCUCGGCCGAUCCUACUACUCGUGUUGCUUCCGGCGAAAAUCCGACCCCACGUACCUAUCCUCCCUUGAAUGCGGCCCUCCCCCCAGAGAGUAUCCCUCAGCCGGUCGACACCCAUGGCGCGUCUCAAGAGAAAGAAACCUAUGACAUCGUGGAGAGACUGAAAGACAAGAACACCGUCGAGAAGGCCGUAUACGGCCUGGUUCCCAGUGUGUCAUUUGACAAGCUCAAGGAACGGGUGGAGAGGACAUGUGAGUUCAAUGCCAACUACAGAGCACAAGUCAACUCCGGGAGUCUCGCCAGACCCGACAUCCAACAAGCCAACACUGCCGUCGGUGCCAUCAGAGUCGAUUUCCUCCAUCCGAUGAUGGCCUAUCGCUCACCCGACUUCCCUGCGGUCCCCCCGGUGCAGCCAGCAUUUGGACACACAGUACAGCAAGCAUACGGCGACGGCCACCUCAGCUGUGGCAACGAGGCCCCGAUUAACGAAGAGGGUGAGGUAUUGGCGGACAUAGUUGACCCAGGCGUGGGUAAGCCACGCCACGACACCGACUGCGGCCCGGCCAACAUUGUAUAG